GGGAGCGGGGCGAUCCGCCGACAUGGAAGGGAUGGGAGAAAACGAAAACAGUUGCACCCACUAAUUACAGCCCAAGAACAAAUUUUACAUUGCGAGGAAAUCCCAUACCAAUACGGUCUGAUCCUUUAGUGAGUCGGCCACCAUGUCGACUUUGGAUCCAGAUACCGGCUCCCGAUGCGAGUUCAAGACGUAUCAUACAGUACCCAAGAAGGAUGGGAAGCUCGCAACAGAGACCCUCAUCGAGCCCUUCGGCAAGGUGCGGGUCACCGACGACGACGCUCCCUAUGCCCUCGUCGUUAAGCGUACCUUCACCAAAAAGUACGACCUCAAGUCUGUGACGCUCACUGUCAACUCUGCGCACAUCCUCAGAGCUUUCCGUGACGUUAUCGGGGACAAGUACCCCGCCGUGGCAGCGGACUUUACCACUCCCUUCACCCUCCAGAGUCCGUUCCAGAUGUUCAUGCACUACUGGGACAAGCUGGAACAGCAUCGCAAAGAGACAACAGACAACUCGGUUCGCCAACACCUGAACCUGCUGCUGGAAUUCAUGCGCAACGAGAUCGGCGCCGACCGGGACACUGUCAUGACUAUGAUUCAGAAGAAUCAGAUCACGUAUUCGCGCGCAUGGGUCCUCUUCAGGCCCGGCGACCUGCAAUACACCACCGUGAUGGGCCACCCGUGGCUCCUGCGCUGCGACAAGACGGCCUACGAGACCAGUACCACCGCCGGGCCGUACAUGGAGGUGCACUGCACGUACACCGACCACGACGGCAAGCUAGCAGGCCAGGCAAGCCACGUAAUCCGCAUCUACCAGAAGCGCAGCUUCGGCGGGGAGAACCCGGCCUUCAUCACCGACCUACCCAUCUACCCGAGACGCUUCGUCAAAGGCGCAGACGACCUCGAGGCGACGCUAGAAAUCCGCGGCCGCAAGUUCCUCGACCACAGAGGCGUCUCGGUCGAGGCGUACGAUGGCCUCGCGCAGUUCCUCAAGGAGCCUCCGUACUCGUUCUACCACCCUGAAAUGGCCGACUUUGAAAGUGUCUGGCUGCCGUUCAGCGAGACCGGAAGGAUCGUCCUGGACAGGAAGUCCUUCCAGGAGGACCAAUACUCCAGUGGGGUAGAGGUCAAGGUCGCAGAGCAGGAGCCCCUGUUGUGUCCCCCGUAUGCGCUAGGGUAUUCGCUGAGUCGCAAGGACUGGUGUCGCUUUUUCGUCGACGGCAUCAGGAAAAUUGAGUGGGAGCACGACAUAUGGGAUUCGCUAAUCCUGAACGAGGAGGAGAAGUUGGUCUUGCAGGCCCUGGUGACCUGUCACCACUUCCCCGAAAAUGCACGAGAUCAACCGGAGCAAAAGGGAAAAGGCUUGGUGAUCCUCCUCCACGGAACACCUGGCUCGGGCAAGACUCUGACAGCCGAAACGGCAGCAGAAGGGUCACAGAAGGCCCUCAUCUCAACCUCUCUCGCAGAACUGAACAAGGAUCGCUCCCCCUGGAUGUUCGAGUACAAUCUAAAGCGCAUCCUGCAGUACGCCACCCUGUGGAAGGCUAUCGUCCUGCUCGACGAGGCCGACGUCUUCCUCGAGGCUCGCAACCCCACCGCCGACGGGAGCAGCAACCGAAACUCGCUCGUGGCAAUCUUCUUGAAGGAGCUCGAGUACUUCUCCGGCAUCGUCUUCCUGACAACCAACCGGCUCGCGUCGCUCGACCCGGCCAUGAAGUCCCGCAUCCACCUAGCCCUGGGGUACGCGCCCCCAGACCUGGACAGUCGACGACGGAUCUGGACCCGCUAUCUGUCGAGCGUCCCCGAAGAUGAGACGGACAUUGACGACGUGGACGACACGGUCGACUUCCUUGUGAGGGAGAAGUUGAACGGGAGGGAGAUCUCUAACGCGGUGAACACGGCGCGCACAAUCGCGAGGUUCCGGAAGGAGAAGCUGCAGUUGGCUCAUGUCGAGAGCGUGCUUAGAGUGAGGCAUGAAUUCGACAGGAGCCUGCGGGACGAGGCUAGGCGGUUGACAUCCUCAGCAACAGGCAGCGGCGGCCUGCUGAAGCGGGAUUCCAUUGUGACGGCUGAACCUGAAUACAAGUCUUGACUAAAGGGGGUUGUUAGGGUGUUUAGCUGUAGACCUCUUGCGCCACGAAGAUAGACAUAGCUUUCAUCAUAUGCUUUAUGGCUUGCCCUAUGGGUAGCGCUAGGCACAGGCUUGUCUGUAUUAGACUGCUGUAAUUAAAAUUCGCUUCACC